AUGUAUCAAAUUUGUUUACAAAUUGUGUAGUGGACGAUUUUGUAGCUUGAGUUUCCAGCAGUGUCUUUAUGAGCUUUUUAACCAGAGAACCUCGAACAGUACUGCUGUCAUCACAGCGGCCAUCACGCCUUUGUCUACGGAAGUAGUUUUGUGCUGUCCCACUUAACAGGAUAACGCAUUAUUAUUAUUUACAAGUAACCGACUAUUAUCGGAAGGUAUGAAGAAUUCUCUAUUGUUGUCAUAAGUCAUUGCGUGCUGCCAUAAGGCUGCAUGCGGCAUAUUGGCUGUGGACUGUACCGGGGUCAGUGACCGGGGCGCAUAUGCCGGUCAGUAUGUUCGGAUUCGGACGCCUCUCCGCCGAGGGCAAAGUCGGAAUCGCAUCGGGGGUCGUGUUUUUCUCUAUGCUUAUAUCCAGAACAUUAAUCUCGGAGCGGGUCGACAAAGGCACGCGCGCGUUGCUGUUCCGCGUGCAGUUUCUGCUGUUCAUCAACUCGCUGCUGCUGCUGGGCUCGCUGUACCUCUGGAAGCGCGUGGUGAAGCGGCUGUGCGGAGCCCGAGCUGCGCCUUCCGUCCCGCAGAGAUGCUGGAGGAUUAUUGUCCUGCUGUUCCUCGCGCUCGUGCACGGCAGCUACCUGUGCAUGUUUUUCCUCGUAGAUACCGAGCCACACUGGCUCUCGCUGCUGAGUUUCUCCUGUUUGGGUGUUUAUGUCAUCCUGCUGUUCUUCCUAUUUGUUUUUGGCUGCCUAAAUCGCCUUGGCAAGCUUCUGUCCCGCAGCAGAAGUGCGGAGGAUGCGGUCGCGAGCGGAUCAUUCAGACAGACUGUGUUGGCUUUGAUAAUAACUGCAGUGCUGGCAGUGUAUGGGUUGGUAAAUGCAGCCCAGCCUCCUAAAGUGGUUGAUGUAGAGAUCCCAGUAGAGAAGCUCCCCGAGUCUCUGAACGGGCUCAGGUUGGUGCUUCUGUCCGAUAUUCAUCUGGGACCUACUGUGGGCCGCUCCAAACUGCAGCGCAUUGUGUCUAUGGUGAAUGAGCUCAACCCAGAUGUGGUGGUGAUUGUCGGUGAUCUGACUGACUCUCAGGUGUCUCGGUUGAGGAGCGCUGCAGAACCACUGGGACAAAUGAAGCCUCGACUGGGCUCCUAUUUUGCUACAGGCAAUCACGACUACUACACUGCUGAUGUGGAAGGAUGGUUUGAGCUCUUACACUCAAUGGGCAUCGAGGCUCUUCACAACAGCCAUGCAAAAGUCUUCCGCCCUGAGCGAACUGAAGACUGGAUUUGCCUUGCUGGUAUCGAUGACCUCGAGGCCCGCAUGCUACGGUACCCAGGCCAUGGCAUGGAUGUUGAGAAAGCUCUCAACGGCUGCACCACAGAAAGCCCUAUUAUUCUUCUUGCACAUCAGCCUCAUGCUGCCAAACAGGCCCUCCAGCAGCGGCCAGACAUCAGCCUGGUGCUCUCAGGUCACACACACGCUGGUCAGCUGUUCCCCCUCACCAUCCUGGCAUUCCUAAUGAAUCCAUUUUUCUGCGGACUCUACCGUGUCUCUGAACACACUAUGGUCUACGUGACCCCUGGAACCGGUUAUUAUGGCAUUCCAAUGAGAAUCGCAAGCCGUUCAGAAAUUACAAACAUUGUACUGAAACAGGCCUAAGAACCCCCACACUGUACAGUGCAGGGAUCAGACACACAUUCUCAUUCAUAUAUGUUUAUUACCCCUGCAUGCUGCCACACAAACAAGCACUCAUGUAUUGCAUAGUAAUGUACGCAUCAUCAUUUGACAUGUCAGUCUCAUUCACCACUAUCUGCUCAGGUUUGCACUAUGAUUUGCUUGAGCACAAUAUCAUAACAGGUCUGAUUCAUUACAUACAGAAUGUGUAACAGUUUUAGUUGUUAUUGUGUUAUUUAAAAGCCCAAUUCAUUCACUGCACUGACAGCCAGCAACAGACAUUUUGAUCGGUUUGGCCAGAUGAGUUUGUUUCCCCUGUUGCUGUCUGUCAGAGCUAGGCAUGGGACGAGAACUGGUUUCAAGGUUUACCGCGGUUUGGAAAAGUCAAGGUAUUAAAACCGCAAACAAAUUAUGAUAUGCCGUUCCUAAGGUAUAUGUUAGGUUUUUUUAAAGUGUUUUUUUUUCAUGUAUUGUAAAGAAAUCUGUGUUUUAAAACAAAUGAAGAGAGCAGAAGUCAAUUAUUUAUUAUCUAUUAUUUAGCUUGGCAUGUUUAUUGUUCCAAAAUAUUAUAAGUGUUUAUUAAAAUGAAACGUAUUGUGUUCAAAGGGGAUAAAAGUUGUGUGUUUUUUUUGCUAAGACAUCUAUAAAGAACUUAUUUUAGAGCAGUAAUCACAAUACCGUGAUAUUUUUAUUCAAAGUUAUCACACCGUCUGAAACUUACACCAGCCCAUGCCUAGUCGGAGCCAGUUAAAAAUGCUGAAUUGUUGGUCUGGUGAUGUAAUGUCUGAGAAGUGACGUGUUGUAAUCUGUUCAUCUUGUGCGUUUCUCUGCACUGUGUGAAUUGGGUUUUUCAAUAAGUGUGGUAUUGUAAUUUGUUUGCCAAAAUAGUCAGAAACUCAAGCACUUUAAAAUGAGAAUAUUAAGAUUCCAAAAGUGCCAGAUUUUUUAUUAAUUUAUAUGUAUUUGUACUGUUUUACCCAGGCCCUUUUCAUUUAUUUUAAUUGCAGAUCAUAACAAUCAGAAUUCAGGGCACUGUUUCGACUAUCACACUUAUGUGAGUCAAUCAGGGAUUUCAUCAAACAUCUGUUUGUAACAAAAAACUUUUGUCCAGUAAGAAUUAAAAUGCCUUCAUAUUGUGAACUUCGAAGGUCCUGUU